UGUCAUGAAAGUUGAUGAAAUUUGUUAACAAUCAACAUAAAAUGUUCAGAAUAAGAUUAUUGAAAUAUAUAACACAGAAACAGUUUAUAAAUAAUGUAAUUCCUUUAUAUAAUAAUGUAAACAGGCUAGGAUGCCAGAGCAUAUCGAAUAUAAAUGCAAAACAAAGUUUAAUACAGUACGAGAUAAAUGCUAAAGAAGCGAGUGCCACAAAUAAAUUAGAAAAUGAAAACCUUACAGAAAAAGAAUAUCUUGUGCGACUGAAAAAUGACCCGGACAGGUUUGGCCCCCCACAAGAAAAAGAAAUUAUCGAUGAGGGUGACGUACAGGAAGAAAAAUACUUCACAGAGCAACCAAGCCCCUCACAAAAACUUCGAACCAAACAGUACGCAGAUAUAAUAAAAGGUUUAAUAAGGCAGCGUAAAAUUAAGGAAGCGAUAGACGUGGUAGAAGUUAGAAUGUUAAAAGAGGAUCGAGUGAAACCUGAAAAUUACCUUUACAACUUAUUACUUGGAGCUUGUGGCAGAGUUGGAUAUACAAAGAAGGCGUUUAAGAUGUAUAACGAUAUGAAAAAGAGGGGUCUGAAAGUAACAGGUGGAACUUACACUGCUUUAUUUAAUGCUUGUGCAAAUAGUCCAUGGCUUACAGACGGCCUGGAGCGAGCUACUCACUUACGCAACAUAAUGAUUGAAAAAGGUUAUGAGCCUAACGAUACGAAUUACAAUGCUAUGAUCAAAGCAUUUGGUCGUUGUGGAGACAUAGCCACGGCGUUCACUCUGGCGGAUGAAAUGUGCUCAAAAGGUUUUAAAAUCAAAGAUGACACUAUAAAUUUCUUGUUACAAGCUUGUAUUGCUGAUAAAGACGCAGGUUUUCGACAUGCCUUACUAGUUUGGCGGAAGUUAAUUAAAAGAAAGAUAUUCCCUAGUGUGCAUACAUAUAAUUUAAUGUUAAGGUGUAUCAGGGACUGUGGUUUGGGUGAUAUAGAAGUUACGGAGGAUGUUAUUAAUAAAAUAUUAUCUGAUAGCAAUGGACUUUCUAAAAAACAUACAGAAAGUAACGGUCUAAAAUUACUUUCACAUAAUAAUGAGAUUAGUGAUCAAAACUUUCAUAAAAGUGAAGACGUAAAUUUAGUCACUGAAAAUUCUACUGACAAUUCUCAUCAAAGUGAAUCUGAAUCUACAACUAUUUUUCCGCAAGAAACUACAAUACAGACUAGUACCUCAAGCCAUAUUAAAGAUCUAAGGCCAAAUUUAAUGGCGCGGAUCCCUCAUUUAGGAAGUCUUAUAUCAUUGUCUGAAGUAAAAAAACCAGAGGAGCGUUUGUUACUUGUGGGGGGCUGCAGGAGUUUCCUUGAAAAUAUGAAGGAGAAUAACUGCGCACCCGAUAUUAAAACCUUUACGCAGCUGUUGGACAACAUUCCUAGUACUAUGGCAUCAGAGAAGGAGCUAUUAUCCUUUAUGAAGAAAUUUAACGUUAAACCUGACAUAGAUUUUUUCAAUAUGCUCAUUAAAAAAAGGAGCAUGCGUUUCGAUUAUGAAAAUGCCAAGGCAGUUGUGGUGUCCAUGAUGGAGCAAAACUACAAACCCAAUCUUAUAACUUAUGGCGUGCUGGCAUUGAGUUGUAGAAGUAAAGAGGAGGCUAUGGAGUUGUUGGACGAGAUGAAAUUGAAAAGUUACCACUUGAAUAUUCAAAUACUGGGGGCCAUGCUGCGCCAAGCUUGUUUCCAGGUGAAUUUUGGUUAUGUACUGAAAAUUAUGGAAACUUGUGUAGAGGAAAAUGUCCAACCCAACAAAAAAUUCAUGUCGAUUCUCGACGAGUUUCUAAAGAAAUGCAAGAAGUUAUUAAAACCAAAAGAAUUAACAAAAUCCCAAGAGAAAGCUUUUGGAAUUUUGAAAGCUAGAUAUAAAUCAUGGAAUCAGGAGAUCGAAAUAGACGAGUCUGAAGACGUGCAUCCUUGGCAACAGUACAGAGAGGAAAAUGACCAAGACGUAAGAGCAUACAAGUGGAAAGAUGGAACUAGGUUCAAACCGAGACAUACAUCGUUAUUUAGGAAGAAAACUUCGACGAAACACAAAAAAUAUAAAUAGUUUUUCUUUUCCGAGCUGUGAUAAAACUGUAUAUAAAUAUUUGUACCCCAGUAACGUUAUAUUUAUUUAUUUAGCAAAAAAGUAGCGGCAUACGAAAUAAUAACAUACU